CCGCCCCCUCCCAAGGAAUGAUUUCCGCUUCCGGGUUCUUGGUCUUCGCCACAGACAGAGCUGUGGUAGGAAAGAUGGCUGAGGCAGAACCCGACAGAAGAGCUCUACUGUCCGAUUUAUGUUCGGAAUUCUUGAAUUUCUCCGCCAAAGACAUCGCGUCGCGGUGGGUGGCAGAAGCAAAUCCGCAGGUAGAAAUCUAUCGUCACUUGGCAGAAACUGUACCCAGAAUCCUUUGCUUGGGGCCCAGCGGCUGCAGUAGUAGGGAGGAGCAGAGAGAGGAGCAGAGGGAAGAACUGGCAUGUCAGCUGCUCCUCUUGGCUCCCCUGGAGUGGCUGCUACUGGGCGAGGAUCCAGUUGCAGGCCUUCCUCAGCUGCAAGAGAACAAUCAGCCUUCCCAAUUGUGCGGACACGUGUUCAAGGUGGGAGAGCCCACCUACUCCUGCAGGGACUGUGCAGCUGACCCCACAUGUGUUUUGUGCAUGCAGUGUUUCCUGGGCUGCGUUCAUAAAGAUCAUCGUUACAGAAUGACCACAUCCGGAGGCGGGGGGUUCUGUGACUGCGGAGACACUGAAGCCUGGAAGAAGGGUCCUUACUGCCAAAAACAUACACCGACCCCCAACAAAGACUCAGAAGCUGACCCUGCAGCCCAGCUACCGGCUGAUAUGGUUGUCCGCUGUUACAACAUUUUCUCCAUCAUCCUGAAGUAUGCUGUGGAUAUGCUUACCUGGACACAAGAGGACCAGCUGCCUGCAGGCCUUGAACAACCUGAAAGAGGAGACAACUAUUACUGCAUGCUGUUCAAUGAUGAAGUCCACACUUACGAACAGGUGAUCUACACCCUGCAGAAGGCCGUCAACUGCAGCCAGAAAGAAGCCGUCAGCUUUGCCACCACUGUGGACAGAGACGGCAGGAAGUCUGUUCGAUAUGGAGACUUUCAGUUUUGUGAACAAGCCAAGACUGUUAUAGUGAGGAACACCAGCCGCCAAUCGAAACCUCUCAGAGUUCAGGUGAUGCACUCGUCUGUUGUCGCACAUCAGUGUUUCGCUCUGAAAGCGCUGAGCUGGUUGGGACAAAUCAUUCAAUAUUCAGAUGGCUUGAAGAGGAUACUCUGUCAGGUGGGACUUGAGGAAGGUCCAGAAGGAGAAAACUCAUCACUUGUUGACCGCUUAAUGCUCAAUGACUCAAAGAUGUGGAAAGGAGCAAGGAACAUCUACCACCAGCUUUUGAUGAACAGUCUCCUCAUGGACUUCAAGUACAAGAAGGUCUUUGCUAUCCAGUUUGCCAAGAACUACAGACGCCUCCAGACAGAUUUCAUGGAAGAUGACCAUGAGAGGGUGGUGUCAGUGACCUCUCUGUCUGUUCAGCUGUUCACCGUGCCAACAAUGGCCCGGAUGUUGAUGGUGAAAGAGAACCUGAUGACUACCAUCAUCAGGACGUUUGUAGAUCAUCUCCGUCACAGAGAUCUGCAGGGGCGCUUUCAGUUUGACCGCUACACCGCCCAGCAGGCCUCCAAAUUUGGACGAGUUCAGAGCCUCAUUGGAGACCUUAAGUAUGUCUUAAUCAGUCGACCCUCUGAAUGGAGUGAUGAGCUCAGAGAGAAGUUUCUAGAAGGUCUGGAUGCUUUUCUGGAGCUCCUUAAGUGUAUGCAGGGUAUGGAUCCUGUAGUACGGCAAGUGGGGCAACACAUAGAGAUGGAACCUGAGUGGGAGGCAGCAUUCACCCUACAGAUGAAAUUGACGCAUAUCAUAUCCAUGAUCCAGGAGUGGUGCUCCACUGAUGAGCGUGUGCUGAUCGAGGCCUACAGAAAGUGUUUGAGUGCAGUCAGUCAGUCUCACAGCGGCCUUCCGGACGGUGAGCAGCCAAUAAGCUUGAGUCUGGCUUGUCACUGUGUGGAGACGUUUCGCUACCAAGUGUCUCAGGAAAAAGUGUCCAUCCACCUACCUGUCUGCAGACUUCUUGCAGGGCUCCAUGUUCUCCUCAGCAGGACAGAAGUUGCUGCUCGCCUCCCUGAACAACUCCCAUUGGGGGAACUCAGCCCCCCUCUCCUGAUUGAACUCCCCCUGCGAUGCCUGGUGCUUUGUGCCCAAGUGCUGGCUGGGAUGUGGAGAAGGAACGGGUUCUCCCUAAUAAAUCAGAUUUAUUAUUACCACAAUGUCAAGUGCAGAGUGGAGAUGUUUGACAAAGACGUGAUCAUGCUACAGGCUGGUGCCUCUAUGAUGGACCCAAACCACUUCCUGAUGAUCGUUCUUAGUCGUUUUGAACUUUUCCAUAUUUUUAGCUCUGCAGACUGCAGAAAGAGAUACAGAGAGACAAAUAAGGAUCUGGUCCAGCAGAACAACACCUUGAUCGAGGAGAUGCUACAUUUAAUCGUCACGGUGAUUGGUGAACGUUACGUGGCAGGUGUUGGCCAGGUGGAGCCAUUUGACGAGGUCCGAAGGGAGAUCAUCCACCAGUUGUCAAUCAGACCUAUGGCUCAUAGUGAGCUGGUGAAGGCUCUGCCAGAGAAUGGGAACAAGGAGACUGGUCUAGAGCGUGUCAUUGACAGCGUUGCUUCGUUCAAGAAGCCGGGCGUUACAGGCCGUGGUCUUUAUGAACUGCGUCCUGAGUGGAACAAGCACUUCAACCUUUACUUCUACCAUUACAGCAGAGCCGACCAGUCCAAGGCAGAAGAAGCUCAGAGGAAGUUGAGAAGACAGAGCGGAGAGGACACAGCCCUUCCCCCACCGGUCCCUCCCCCCCUUUGUCCCCUGUUUGCAAGCCUGGUGAACCUUCUGCAGUGUGAUGUGCUGCUGGCUGUGAAGGGUGCUGUGCUUCAGUGGGCUAUGGAGCCCCGGGGAGGAGGCUGGACAGAGUCUAUGCUGCAGCGGGCGCUCCAUUUGGUAGGCAUGGCUUUGCUGGAGGAGCAGCAACAGCUGGAAAACAGCAACAGCGAGGAUGACAUCAGCUUCAUCUACACCUCCAAAAUCUCACGUCCAGGCGACGCUCCUAGUACUUCAGGAAGUGUUCUGGCUUUGCUGGAGAGUCUACAGAAUGCUCCUCACCUUGAGGUUCACAAAGACAUGAUCACCUGGAUCCUAAAGAUGGUGGCAAACAUCAAAACCAUUAGAGAACGUUCAUCCUCAACCUCCACUGUUACCAUCAACCAAGAACAUGGACUGGAAGAGACGAUGCGGGACAAAGACAAGGCAGAGAGGAAAAGGAAGGCAGAGAUGGCUCGGCUCCGGAGGGAGAAGAUCAUGGCUCAGAUGUCUGAGAUGCAGAAACAUUUCAUCAAUGAAAACAAAGAACUUUUCCAGCAAAGUCUAGAAGAGCUUGAAGCAUCCACAUCUGCUGAUGCAGAGCACAGUCCCUCCAGUUCGGAGCCAUCCUGUGUCUCUCAGGUCUGCAUUGGCCCCACAAGAGUGGCCAGAGGAGCUGAGCGGCGUCAGCUUGUCACCUGCAUUUUGUGCCAGGAGGAGCAGGAGGUGAAAUGUCACGGCAGGGCCAUGGUGUUGGCAACGUUUGUCCAGAGGUCAACCGUUUUGUCCAAAAAACGCUGCCGUGCUUUGCCUAAUGCAGAACGACAUGACCCUUUGUUCAUUCAUCCUGACCUUUCAAUGGGGAUUCACACCGCCAGCUGUGGACACAUCAUGCAUGCCACCUGCUGGCAGAGGUAUUUUGAAGCGGUGCAGUUGAAGGAGCAGAGACGGCAGCAGCGUUUGCGAGGUCACACCAGCUAUGAUGUGGAGAACGGAGAGUUUCUUUGUCCUCUGUGCGAGUGUCUUAGCAACACUGUCAUCCCUCUGCUGCCACAUACGCAAACACCUGACCGAAGUGUUGAUCAUCCCAGUCUGGCCGUUUGGCUGAAGACAACUAAUGAGGAGAUUGCAGCACUGCACUAUGCCCAUAGAAAGCCUCGAAGUGGUGCAGCAGAAGAAGCGGAAGUGCCAGUUCCUGAAGGAUUCAGACUUGAUUUCACUCCACUAAACCCCUUUUCCAGCAGCAUCAUUGAAAUGAUAACCACGUUCAGUAUGUCAACCUACAAGGUGGGAUUGAAAGCGAACCCUAAUGAGCAGGACCAAAGAGUCCCUGUGCUAAGUUGGUCCACUUGCGCCUACACCAUCCAAGCAAUAGAGCGCCUCCUGAUGGAUGAGGAUAAGCCUUUAUUUGGAGGUUUACCCUGCAGACAGGACGACUGCUUGAGCGCCAUCACCAGGUUCAGUUCAGCUUGCUGGAUGUCAGCUUCAUUGAAUACGGUCCACACACAUUUCAUCAGAUUGUUUGCAGCUCUGGUUCCAGACCCUCAGGUAGAAAACACUCCAAGCAUCCUGGACAUUGACAUGCUCCACCUUUUGGUUUAUAGCGUAUUGUCCUACACGUCCGUUCACAGUCUGGACCAAUCAGGACGGAAUCCACUUGACUCAGCUCACGUCCACCUCCUUCACCUAGUCACUGUUGCUCACCUGGUUCAGGUCUUGCUCACUUCAAACAUGGAGGAGGUAUGUAUGGAACAGGACAGCAAGGGAUCAGAGGAGGAGGAGUUCACAUGUCAUCUUUACAACACAGUGAGGAAACACCUGGGCAGUGUUUUACCUGAAGUGGCGCCAUGGCAGCUGUGGCGUUGCGUGAAAGCUGGCGUCUCACCAUUCCUGCGAUGCGCUGCUCUCUUCUUUCACUACCUAAACUCUACAGCACCACCAGCUGACCUGCUGGGUACAGGACCUGGGCAAUGGGAGGCACUGUGUAGCUACCUCAGUCUGCCAUCCAACCCGCUGCAGCUCUACCAGAGCCAGCAAACACUGCUUGAGCCGCUCAUACACAGUUGGUGUUGUCAUUCAUCAGUGAGACAGACAUUGCAAGAGGGCAGAGUAAUCAGGUUUCCCCGGGAGUCGAACCGCCUGAUCGACCUGCCUGAAGAUUACAGCGUCCUUAUAAACCAGGCAUCGAGUUUUACGUGCGCUCGGUCAGGAGGAGACAAGUCACGUGCUCCCACUCUGUGUCUGGUCUGCGGCGCCAUGCUGUGCUCUCAGAGUUACUGCUGUCAAACCGAAGUGGACGGCGAGGAUGUGGGCGCCUGCACUGCCCACACCUUCACCUGUGGCGCAGGCCUUGGUCUCUUCCUCAGGGUAAGAGAGAGUCAGGUGUUGUUUGUGGCAGGUAAAACAAAGGGCUGCUUCUAUCCUCCUCCGUACCUGGAUGACUAUGGCGAGACGGAUCAGGGCCUCAAGCGGGGAAAUCCACUCCAUCUCUGCUUGGAGCGUUACAGGAAAAUCGAACGUCUGUGGCGUCAGCACGGCAUUGCCGAGGUCAUAGGUCACGCUCAAGAGGCCAAUCAGACGCUGGUCGCCAUCGACUGGCAGCACCUGUGAUGCAUGAUGGGAUACCAGAACUGGCCGCAUCACUUUUUAUAACGUUCUCCGCUUCCUGGCUAUUCAGCUUCUUACUGUGCAGUGAUCAGAUCAGCUGUCAGUGAUUCCCUUUUUUUUUUGUCAUCUCCACUUAAAGUGGCAAAAAAGUGUCAGCAAAAAAUAUAUAUAUAUAUAUAUAUGUUUUCCCUCUUAAAUGCAUUGGCCUAUGAUGGUUAUUAGUCUGAAUCGGAUUGACUCUGAGAUUGAUAUGAUAAGUGGAGAUGAUGUCUGACUUUGGAAGGCCUUAAACUCUCAGACUGAAAAUAUGAACAAAUACGUAGCAGCACAUUCACAAUGUAUUUUUGUCUGUUUGAUUUGAAAGAGGGCUUAUGGAUCACUCUUACAACAUAUCAAGUCACAUAUCAAAUCAGAGCGUUUUUCUCAUGAUCCACUUUUACGUUACGAGUUUUUGCUUCAUGCUGAGUGGUGUGACCUCCUUUUACAGUGUUGAAUUCUUCAUCUUUUCCAGGGCUUGGGAGUUUUGUUGAGAUUUUCCAUGAGUGCAUUUUUUUUUUUUUUGAAGAGCAGUGUUUGCUUUAUUGUAUUCUCUCAUUUCUUGUCAAACAGCAGAUUUUAUGUCAGAAUGUAAUAGUUUUUUUAAGUUUCCGCGCAUCUGCACAGCAUGCUGUCGCCUCAUUUAUCAAGUCUGACUUGUCAAUAUGUGAAUUCUUGUAUAAAUUAGUAUAUUAUGUACAAAAUUGUAUAAGAAUAGCAAACAAUAAAAAACUUGAAAGUA